AUGACGACAAUUACAGUGGCCAACGAGGAGGAAAUUAUUAGGAAACUGUCGUCUUACAUUGAAAAGAUAUCGAACGAUGCUAUACACAACCGUGGAAAGUUUUACGUUGGUUUAUCAGGUGGUUCAGUGGUAAAAUACCUCAGUGAAGGCCUGCCGAAAGUAAACACAGACUGGUCUAAAUGGGUGCUAGCAUUCUGUGAUGAGAGAUUGGUGCCAGAAGACAGUGAGGACUCAACCUUUGGUGUCUAUUGCAAACAGAUGAUACCAAAAACUUUACUAGACAAAAGCCAGUUCAUAACUAUUAAACAAGGAGUUAAUGCUGAAGAAGCAGCUAAGGAUUAUACUGAGCAACUGAUAAAAGCAUUUGGUGGAGAUGACUUCAAAUUUGAUUUAUUAUUACUUGGAAUGGGCCCAGACGGCCACACAUGUUCACUGUUCCCUAACCACACAUUGUUGAAUGAAACCCAAUUAAAAGUAGCGGCUAUAACUGAUUCACCCAAACCUCCACCAGAGAGAAUAACCCUGACCUAUCCAGUUAUCAACAGUGCUAGAAAUUGUAUCUUUGCUGCUAGUGGUGCAGCAAAGGCUGAAAUGAUUAAACGGAUACUGAAAGAUAAAGAAGAUUUACCUGCCGCUAGAGUGAAACCAACACAUGGAUCUGUUUACUGGAUCGUAGAUGCGGCGGCAGCGCAGCAUCUAUAA